UCGACGUGAGCGCGGCACUGCCCAUGCAGGUGCCCCCGGCCGCCAUCCCCAUGGACCUGCGGCUGGACCAGCCCUUUGGCCUGGCACCGCGACCAGGCGACCAGGGCCACCAAGGACAGGUCCCAGGUCAGCGGGAGCAGCAGCUGCAGCAGGAGCUGCUGGCCCUCAAACACAAACAGCAGAUCCAGAGACAGCUGCUCAUCGCCGAGUUCCAGCGGCAACACGAGCAGCUCUCACGCCAGCAUGAGGUCCAGCUACAGGAGCAUGUUAAGGUGUGUGUGUUUUUGUCUCCUCUCCCACCCCCUGCUCUUCUCCAUCUCUCCAUCCCUCCAUCGCCUUUGCUCGAGGGCAUUCUGGCUCAGCAGAAUGCCAAUGUGCUGUUUUAAUGACAGAGAGAAUGGGUGUAGGAGAGGACAUGCCUGUACACGUGUGUGUGUGUGUGUGUGUGUGUGUUGGAUGUAACUGGAUCCACCGGUUGAGUUGGGUUGCUUUUCUGAUCUCCAUGGGAACCCAGUCCUUGAGAAACUGUGUAUGCAUGUGUACUGGCUCAUACGUGUGUGUGACAACGAGAGAAACAGUUCGCUCUGUAAACAGGCCUCCCGUGUUGCCACGGCCGCAGCUUCAGCCAAUGGGAGAGAGGCAGCCCAGGCUAAAAAUAGCUCUGUCUGAAAGCUCCAGUUGACACAUCACAUUAUGCCUUGACAGCUUGCUGACUGUAUUCUAUUCUGCUCCGUUCCAGUCAACACCCACCUGUACUGGUUGAAAUUAUGCAACAACUGUCCAUAGUGAGGCUUUUAUCAUUCAGUCAUUUAGGCAUUUUGUGCUGACUUCCUCUUGAGAAGAAAUUCAAGUAAUCUGUUUCCAAGCUAUGAAAUCUGUAGGGGAUACUUGCUGUUGAAAUCUAGUGAUAUUGACGUCAGCCAUUGGUUUUAGAUUGUCUGAUACAUGCAUAUUUGCCAUUGAAAGGAAGUGUGUUAGAGUGUGUGUUGAAGCGUGUGUUUUUUGUUUAUCUAGAUAAGAUGAUAUCAGACAAUCUGUGACCAUGUCUCCCUCCCUCUCUCCUUUCCAUUCCUCUCCCUCUCCCUCUCCCCAUCUCCCUCCAUCCCUUUCAGUCUCCCUCUCCCUCCUCCUCCCAUGUCCCUCCAUCCCUCUCCCUCUACUCCAUCAGCAGGCAGUAGUACCAAUGUUGUAGUAAAGUUGUAGUAAUGUUGUGGUAACGUUGUGUUGCAGCAGCAGAAGCACCUCCUGGCUCUAAAGCAUCAGCAGGCAGUUGUACCAACGUUGUAGUAACGUUGUAUUAAAGUUGUAGUAACGUUGUGUUGCAGCACCAGCAGGACCUCCUGGCCCUGAAGCAUCAGCAGGAGCUGCUGGAGCACCAGAAGAAGAUGGAGAGACACCGCCAAGAGCAGGAGAUGGAGAAGCAGCAGAGGGAGAAGAAACUCCUGCUGCUCAAGAACAAGGAGCGUGGCCAGGAGAGUGAGUUGCUCAGAAUUACAUUAUUAUAUAGUGGGGCUAACGUUACAUUGUCAUAUACCGGGGCCAAUGCUACAUUACUAUGUUGUGGAUAACUCUACAUUAUCAUAUAGUGAGGCCAAUUCUGCAUUAUCACUUUGUGGCUAACACUACAGAUGUGACAAAUGGAAAACAUUUCUUAACGAUUAAACUAUAAGAACAUUUUAUAAAAUUCCACGUGCACAAUGCAUAAUAUGUUCCUAUUGCGUAUAGUGAUCCUAUUGCGCAUGGCCGCUAGGGAGAUAUGAAGUUCUAUCUACCAUAGUCAUGGGCUGAAUCUCAAACCGAACACUUGGCCCCUAAGCCUUUUAUCAAGUGACCACUUGCUAUUGUGUUCGAUAGUGAUCAUUCAAGUCUGCAAGUGUUUUGGCCAAAAUAAGCAUUGAGACGAUGCGCAAUCCAUGUCCCAACUGAUAUUACAAAAUUCAAAAUCCAUUCACGAGCAUUGUCUCCCGCGACCUGUCUUGUGCAUGAAACACAGGCACUGGGGCAGACACAGACGCAUACUCUGAUAGACAGUGAGAAAGCUGUAAAACAAAACGACAUCUCUCUACUCCUGCACAAAAUAUGUGCAAGUACACUACCAGUCAAAAGUUUGGACACACCUACUCAUUCAAGAGUUUUUCUUAAUUUUCUACUAUUUUUUACAUUGUAGAAUAAUAGUGAAGACACCAAAACUAUGAAAUAACACAUAUGGAAUCAUCUAGUAACCAAAAAGUGUUAAACAAAUCAAAAUAUAUUUUAUAUUUGAGAUUCUUCAAAUAGCCAUCAUUUGCCUUGAUGACAGCUUUGCGCACUCUUGGCAUUCUCUCAACAAGCUUCAUGAGGUAGUCACCUGGAAUGCAUUUCAAUUAACAGGUGUGCCUUCUUAAAAGUUGAUUUGUGGAAUUUCUUUCCUUCUUAAUGCGUUUGGGCCAAUCAGUUGUGUUGUGACAAGGUAGGGGGGAUUUACAGAAGAUAGCCCUAUUUGGUAAAAGACCAAGUUCAUAUUAUGGCAAGAACAGCUCAAAUAAGCAAAGAGAAACGACAGUCCAUCAUUACUUUAAGACAUGAAGGUCAGUCAAUACGGAACAUUUCAAGAACUUUGAAAGUUUCUUCAAGUGCAGUCGCAAAAACCAUCAAGCACUAUGAUUAAACUGGCUCUCAUGAGUACUGCCAAAGGAAUGGAACACCCAGAGUUACCUCUGCUGCAGAGGAUAAGUUCAUUCGAGUUACCAGCCUCAGAAAUUGCAGGCCAAAUAAAUGCUUCACAGAGUUCAAGUCACAGACACAUCUCAACAUCAAUUGUUCAGAUGGGACUGUGUGAAUCAGGCCUUCAUGGUCGAAUUGCUGCAAAGAAACCACUACUAAAGGACACCAAAAAGAAGAAGAGACCUGCUUGGGCCAAGAAACACGAGCAAUGGACAUUAGACCGGUGGAAAUGUGUCCUUUGGUCUGGAGUCCAAAUUAGAGAUUUUUUGUUCCAACCGCCAUUUCUUUGUGAGACGUGGUGUGGGUGAACGGAUGAUCUCCGCAUGUGUAUUUCCCACCGUAAAGCAUGGAGGAGGAGGUGUGAUGGUGUGGGGGUGCUUUGCUGGUGACACUGUCUGUGAUUUAUUUAGAAUUCAAGGCACACUUAACCAGCAUGGCUACCACAGCAUUCUGCAGUGAUAUGCCAUCCCAUCUGGUUUGGGAUUAGUGGGACUAUCAUUUGUUUUUCAACAGGACAAUGACCCAACACACCUCCAGGCUGUGUAAGGGCUAUUUGACCAAGGAGAGUGAUGGAGUGCUGCAUCAGAUGACCUGGCCUCCACAAUCCCCCGACCUCAACCCAAUUGAGAUGGUUUGGGAUGAGUAUGACGGCAAAGUGAAGGAAAAGCAGCCAACAAGUGCUCAGCAGAUGUGGGAACUCCUUCAAGACUGUUGGAAAAGCAUUCCAGGUGAAGCUGGUUGAGAGAAUGCCAAGACUUUGCAAAGCUGUCAUUGAGGCAAAGGGUGGCUACUUUGAAGAAUCUCAAUUAUAAAAUAUAUUUUGAUUUGUUUAACGCUUUUUUGGUUACUACAUGAUUACAUAUGUGUCAUUUCAUAGUUUUGAUGUCUUCACUAUUAUUCUACAAUGUAGAAAAUGAUUUCAUAAUCUGAUUUAGCUUGUAGUAGCCUGCCUGCUGCUAGCUAGCUUCACUGACAAACACAGGUGUCACGUUCGUUGAAUGACGGGACAGACCAAGGCGCAGCGUGAUAUGCGUACAUGUUUAUUUUCUAUUAAACACAACGACAAAAAAUCCAACGAAACGAAAUGUGAAGUCCAAGGUAGACGACACAACAUACCUUAACCGGAACAAGAUCCCACAACCCACUAGUGCCAAUAGGCUGCCUAAGUAUUGGCCCCAAUCAGAGACAACGAACGACAGCUGCCUCUGAUUGGGAACCACACCGGCCAACAUAGAACCAUGCAUACUAGAUCGACAAACAAUGACAAACACAACAAGGAAUAUACACACCCUGACUCAAUAUAUAAGCGUCCCCUGAGUCAGGGCGUGACAACAGGGAUUGAAUUCUAGCUAGCUAGCUAAGGAUGUUGGGCACUGCACUGAUAAACAGCGUGUAGCUUGUCACUUAUUUACGAUAGUUUGACAGCUUGCUGAUGAAGUUGGAGACAUGUUCCCAGCAGUCAGGCCGUACUUCAGCAUGUUUCCAAAGCACCAAUCGCUAUGUUGUAACGUUGGGUCAUCUAAAAGCACAGUGCAGCAGCAGACUCGAUAGUCUGUUCGCUGCUGUCACUUGCAUUUCUUUGCCAUUUUUCCAACUUAAUGACUGGGGUGUGCAGCGCUUUCUCUAUUAUUGCAUAUAUCUGACACUGAAUGUUAUCAGAUCUUCAACCAACACCUAAUAUUAGAUAAAGGGAACCUGAGUUAACAAAUAACACAAAAUGUUGAUAUUUAUUUAAUUAAAGAAGUUAUGCAACACCCAAUGUCCCUGUGUGAAAAAGUAAUUGCACCCUUACAUUCAAUAACUGACUGUGCCACAUUCAGCUACAGUGACUUCUACCAAACGCUUCCUGUAGUUGCUGAUCAGUCUGUCACAUCACUAGGGAGGGAUUUUGGCCCACUCCAUUCAGAACUGCUUUAACUCAGGUACAUUUGUGGGUUCCUGCCACAACGUCUUAAAUGGUUUAGGGCUGGACUUUGACUUGCUUUUGAGCCAUUCUGAUGUAGACUUGAUUGUGUGUUUUGUAUCAUUGUCUUGCCGCAUGACCCAGCUGCGCUUCAGCUUCAGCUCACGGAAGGAUGGCCUGACAUUCUCCUUUAGAAUUAUCUGAUACAGAUAAUUCAUGGUUCCUUCAAGUUGUCCAGGUCCUGAGGCAGCAAAGCAUCCCCAAACCAUCACACUACCGCCACCAUGCUUGACCAUUGGUAUGAGGUUCUUACUGUGGAAUGCAGUGUUUGGUUUUCGCCAGACAUAACAGGACCUGCCAUAAUUGAAGGAACCAUGAAUACUUCUCUGUAUCAGAGAAUUCUACAGGAGAAUGUCAGGCCAUCUGGCCUUGAGCUGAUGCUGAAGCGCAGCUGGGUAAUGCGGCAUAACACACAAGCAAGUCUAUAUCCUCUGUGGUCCUCUGUAGCUCAACUGGUAGAGCAUGGCGCUUGUAUCGCCAGGGUAGUGGGUUCGAUCCCCGGGACCACCCAUACGUAAAAAUGUAUGUACACAUGACUGUAAGUCGCUUUGGAUAUGCUAAACGGCAUAUUAUAUAUUAUAUAUCAGAAUGACUGAAAAGCAACACAUUUAGAGUUCUGGAAUGGCCUAGUCAAAGUCCAGACCUAAACCCGAUUCAGAGGUUGUGGAAACCCACAAAUGUCGCUCAGUUAAAGCAGUUCUGCAUGGAAGAGUUGGGCCAAAAUUCUUCCACAGUGAUGUGGGAGACUGAUCAACAACUACAGGAAGUGUUUGGUUGCAGUUAUUGCAGCUAAAGGUGGCACAACAAGUGUGAGUGUAAGGGUGCAAUUACUUUUUCACACAGGGGCAUUGGGUAAACUUUGUUUAUUAAAUAAAUGGAAAAGGUAUCAGUAUGUUGUUAUUUGUUCAAUCAGGUUCCCUUGAUCUAAUAUUAGGUUUUGGUUGAAGAUCUGAUGAUAACAUUCAGUGUCCAAAAUAUGCACAAAUAGAGAAAAUCAUAAAGGGGGCAAAUACUUUUUCCCGGCACUGUAUAUCCGUGGCAAAUAAUUUGAAAGAUGCAUAUCUCCUACUAACGUUACAUCAUUGUUGCAUUAGGUAUUUGUUAAUCUUUUUCCCCCUUUAUGAUGUUAGUAGUAUGUUUGUGAUAACUGCACUGUGAUUUCAAUUUUGUGGAAUAAAAACAACAGGUUUUCAGUUACGGAUUUUUUCUUACAGUUAACACCCCAAUUUGUUUAAACGUUCACACCCCUAGCUAACAUUACAUUAUCACAUUGUGGCUAAAUCAUAUGCUGUGGUUAUCUUGACAUUAUUUUAUACCGUGGCCAAUGCUACAUUAUCACAUUGUGGCUUAAGAGCAUUAUCAUGUUGUGGCUAACACUACAGUAUCAUGGCCGAUGCUACGUCAUCAUAGUAAUAGAGGGACAGUGUUAGCAUUAGCAUCAGUGAUGGUGCAGUAUGAGUGAUGAGAGCAGGAGUUGGGUAAAUAGCAGUAGACCCUCCUAAAGCUGCCCAGCUAACGUUUACCCAAACGUACAUUUUACCCAACCUCUUGUCAAACCCUUCCCCAACACUCCUGUCCUGGCUUUCUCCCAGGACAGCACACCCUCCAAAGAUGUCAUUAAAGCUCCCCAAAAUGUCUCCUAACACGAGCUCGGACAUUGUGCCAGCGUUGGAACCGCCCUCACCUCCCCCAUAACAGUUUCAGACAUAAAUGUCAAAACAGCACUUUUCAAGCACAAGCAGUCAGGGCAGCCUGAACCGACACCUCACUGCUUCACUAUUAGAACCAAAGCAGCCAUUUUGGGGCAAACUCAGCCAUAUUGGCACCAAGUGUUUAUUGACAACAACAUUGCAAUUUGUAUGUGGUUUGGUGCCAAGAUGGUGUCCGUGAAAUGCUACAUCUCAAACUGUGUUUUCCCGUAAUCUGUAUAUGUACGGCACUAAGCUAGGCUAGCAUCUAGAGUAAAACUGGAUGGUAAACAGCGGGUGCUUUGUUAAGUGCUGCAGUAAAUUGCCUCCAAGGCAGUCUCAUAAAAGCCUAUUUGCCUCAGUGUCAAGGCGUACAAAUUGGGAUGUCAGCACUUAGGUCUCGCAAUGUGAUUUAAAAGGCGUCUAUAUUAGCAGUCAUCAUAUUCUCCUAUGUGCCACCCCCCCUGCACUGCUUCACCGCUUGACAUGUUAGUCACUUGUUGCCAGCUCCGUCUUUUUCUCUCACUAAUUGUGUUUCUCUUUGACACACACUUUUACAGAUGUAUGCACACACUUCCCUUGCUCUCUCUUUUUACUCUCGCUCUUUUUCUCUCACUCUCUUACCUUUCUUUCCAUUUCUCUCUCCCCAUCUCUCUCUCCCUGUGUGGAGGCUCCCCUCAGGGAUGUGUUGACUGUGUGAUGGUGAGGUGGUAAUUGAAGAGAGAGCUGUGAAAGAACGCACCUUGUGAUGCCUUGUUUGAAGAAAGAAAACCACACAAACACACAAAACAUUUUUUCCAAUUUAACUGCCACAGUCUCGGUGGAAUUCCCACCAAAGCGUACGUUUUCCCUUCUAGGGAAACUCUGUGUAACUUCAUGUCCCACAAACUUCAAUUCUGUUCAGUCACUCCUUCAAGCUGCAAAGAUCAGCUGGGAAGAUCACAUCCAUUCUAGUAUCUCACUCAGAAUGAUCCUGUUGUCGUCUCAAUUCUGUUCCCCCAUUAGAUUCAGUUCCCUAUUCAUUGUAAAUACUUCAACUAAAUAUCAUGGGGUCAUGUCAAGAUGAUUCAUGCUCUACAACAUUCGGAGAGUACGACCCUGCCUUACACAGGAAGCGGCACAGGUCCUAAUCCAGGCACUUGUCAUCUCCCGUCUGGAUUACUGCAACUCGCUGUUGGCUGGGCUCACUGCCUGUGCAAUUAAACCCCUACAACUCAUCCAGAAUGCCGCAGUCCGUCUGGUGUUCAACCUUCCCAAGUUCUCUCACGUCACCCCGCUCCUCCGCACACUCCACUGGCUUCCAGUUGAAACUCGCAUCUGCUACAAGACCAUGGUGCUUGCCUACGGAGCUGUGAGGGGAACGGCACCUCCGUACCUUCAGGCUCUGAUCAGUCCCUACACCCAAACGAGGGCAUUGCGUUCAUCCACCUCUGGCCUGCUGGCCCCCCUACCUCUGUGGAAGCACAGUUCCCGCUCAGCACAGUCAACACUGUUCGCUGCUCUGGCACCCCAAUGGUGGAACAAGCUCCCUCACGACGCCAGGACAGCGGAGUCACUCACCACCUUCCGGAGACUCUUGAAACCCCACCUCUUUAAGGAAUACCUGGGAUAGGAUAAAGUAAUCCUUCUACCCCCCCGUACCCCACCCCCCCAAAAAAAAUACAUAUUGUAAAAUGGUUAUCCCACUGGCUAUAAGGUGAAUGCACCAAUUUGUAAGUCGCUCUGGAUAAGAGCGUCUGCUAAAUGACGUAAAUGUAAAUGUAAAAAUAUUGGUGGUUGCAUAUGAUGCCAUACAUAAUGUGGUAUCAUAGAGAUGUUGUGAAGAUCUAUCUUCAAGUUUAAUCCAAAGCAAGGAGGAACUAGCCUCGUACUACCACACUGAUCUCGCGAGUUUAGAUAAAUGAUUUAGUUUAGCGAAUCAUUUAUGUGAGCUUGCAAGAUCAGGCUGGUUCUACAAGGCUAAGGAGGAACCAUAUCUGUAGAGGGAAACAGAAUGACGUGUUCCUCCAGGCUGUUAUGAAGGUGGUAUUUGUAGUCCAUGUCCUGUAAUUUUGUAGUCCCUAACCCUUGGCUUCUCGAUCAUCUCUCCCAGGUGCGGUGGCCAGCACGGAGGUCAAGAUGCGGCUGCAGGAGUUUGUCCUGAACAAAAAGAAAGCCCUGGCUCAGCGCAGCCUCAACCACUGCAUGAACACUGACCCACGCUACUGGUACGGGUGAGUAUCAUACCCACACCCCACAUCCUUACCCAACCAUAGGUUAAGCCUUACUUGAUUAUGGUGGCACCAUGCUGAUGCCGAAUGAUGGCAUGCCGUAGAUCUUUGUUCUUCAUGGACGCUGCAGAGCCUUACAACCCAAAACUCACCCCUAUCCUCUGUCUACCCCCCUAUGUGUUUCUGUAGAUCUUAACGGAUAUGUACAGUGGCGAUUUUAGCAUGUAAAUCUUGGUGGGGCAAACUCCCCAAAAAAAUGUUUUAUGCAUGCCAGCAAAGCCACAACACAACACUAAACAAUACAUUAAUUGCACUAUAACGAUGACAAACGGUGCCCAAAAACUUAGGGCCUACAUAAAGCUGUCCCAACAGCAGAGUCGCAACAGCAGUCCCAACACCUUACCACUGCUACACCUGGCUAUCAGCGGAGCCUUGUAUGGCAGCGAAACAGUUCAUUCAGCCUCAUUUACUGCUUUUUAAAAAAACAUAGCUGAUAUGGCUGACUUGCUUAAACAAAUGUGGUUUCUACUGACAAUUGAGAUGUACAAACUAUGGCAUAAGGGGACGACGAGCGGAUAAGAGGCAAUCCGUAAUUUCGAUUAAGACAUUAAUGAGCGAGCUAGGACGGAUGUAGUUUAUGGUAGACUUCUGUUUUUCUGUAGGUUGAUGCGUGUGUUUAUGUGAAAAAUUGUUCUCUGUUAGCUACGGCCCAAGUUUUGACACCAGUAGUCAUGGUUAAGUCCUUGACAGCACAGCGUGGAGAGAAGUUUAUUUCCCCAUUGGUGUCUUCCUUGUCAAAGUUAUGUGUAAGGGAGGCUGUAGCUAGUCCAAUCAACGGACAGCACCAUCCAGUGCCGACAUCUGCUCUUCCCAUUAACAACUAUGAAGCCCCGCCCAUUUUAUUGAUGAAUGACACGUUCUCUAUUAAUUUAGCUAAGAUAUGAAUUAUCUUAGUUUCACUUGACGGUUUUACAGGAAUGUUACUUUAUUUUGUUUGCUCUUUACUUGUUUGUUACCCACCUCCCAAAAAAACAGCAGUCACAUAAAUCGAUAGUAGCCACAUAAAAUGUGUCUCUAAGACGACAUCAAACACAAUAUAUUUUAUUAAUCAAAACAAGUAUAUAUUCUGACAGCUACAACGGCAGACAUUUUUAUAAUUGCCACAUGAGCCAAAGACAUGUCAGCCAUGCAACCUAGACAGGCUCGCUGUUUAUGUAAUAUGGAGGGGAAAGCCAGCCAGAUUCAAUUCAGUGGGAUGGGAAGACGCCAGCUGACCUCAAUUGGCCCCAGCCAGAGGAAACAUCAAUGCUGUUUUCUCUUAGCUAUUAACUGAGAAACAUGAAGCCCUCUCCGUGUUUUACUGUAACACUGGAACAUAGGGGCAGUUAAGGAAGACGGACACAGAGACAGACAGGUACACACACUUUUUUAAUGGUAGCUUAGGAUAGAUGGAUACGCAGUAACAGAGAUAGACAGACAGACAGACAGACAGACAGACAGAUACCUGAUGCCUGUUUCUCCCUCACACUACUGAAGCCACAUCAACUGACACGGACCAUUGUUACCCAGUCAGACAGACUGGCACAGACAGACGGGCAACAUCAGCAUAUCGUUCACACACCAGCAGGUCCAUGCAGUAGUAGUAGGUUUUAUGGCUCCAUCAGAUCCGUUUACGCUCAUUGCCCUGUCAGAGUAGGUUUGUUUACAAACACAGGGUGCCGCACAACUUCAUGCUCGGCACAUGCAUUGUGGGUAAUCUGAGAUGGCAUGCAAAGUGCCGGGCCAUAAAUAAAAAGGUCUGCCUGAGAGCAGGUAAUGUGUGGUGGGGAGUGAACUGAGACUCCUGUGUUUGUGGUAACGCUCAUCCGUGCAUGUGUAUUUGUGUGUGACUUUUCAAAUAUGGGUCCAUUGUGCCUCGAUGCUUCUCGAAGAGCAGAUGUUACGAAUUUACGAUGACAAUAAAUAAUUGAACAGCUGAAUUUAGAUUUUUCAACAUCUUAUUGCAUGUUGAUGAUUAGCCAUCAUACGGUGUACAAUUGUUAAAUGUAUUUAUCUACGUCAGGGAAUUCUCUUACUUCCAAUUACCAGACGUCCUCUGCCUCAGAAGUCAGGUCGAUCUUUGCUCCUUUUGAAGGACCCAAAUGAAAUACUGUAAAUGUGUAUUUGUCUCCCCUCUGUAGGAAGACCCAGCACAGCUCCCUGGACCAGAGCUCCCCUCCCCAGACAGGGAUGUCCCCUUACAACCACGCCAUCCUGGGCAUGUACGACCCCAAAGACGACUUUCCUCUCCGCAAGACAGGUAGGACUCCGCCACCUGACCCC